AUGGCGAAUAGGCCUAGUUUUAUCGACCUGAGGGCAGAUUCCUCAAAUUCAGUCGCCAGCUCCUCCCGUCCUCUUAAAUCGCCACGAUUACAUGUCGCAGGCGAAGUUCCUCCUGCCCUGUCUCCUCUCGAUGCCUUUGCUGCUCAGAGUCGCUUGCUUGCCAAGCAACUGGAGGAGAGUGCCAAGGCUGGGAGGCGGAUGAGUCGUCUUCCCCCAUUGACAACUGAGAGCCCAUUGAUCGUUCAAGGUCGCUCUGAUUACUUUCGCUCUAUGUCCCACGACUCCGCUGAAGACCUGCCCGAGCUGCCACACCAGAAUACCGGACUUGGUUUGACCACAGAGGUAGAAUCUCCGUCUGAACGACCUGUUUCAAUGCACCCACGGAUGAGCCGUAUACCACCCACGCCCGACCAAUCGAUACCCGUGCCUCCAAAUCCAUUUCUUGAUAAUUCGCGCGGCCGGGGGCUUGAGAAACUCGACGAGCAUGGUGGCUUGUAUGGUGCCCGUAGGGAGCAAUCACCUGGUGACUUAGACGGUGCGAUGGAUAGAGGGAUUGAUCACAAGUCGGCAGGGCAUGACGCUGAUACCAGGGACAAUUCGCCAAAUCGCAACCGUUUUCCACCGUCUCCAGAUAAACUUACUAAGACUUCAUCGCACGAAUCUGCUGGGUUGGUUCCACCGAGACCUGUCUUUCCCAAGCGCUCUUCGAGUAUAAUGUCAGCGCCUCCAGAAUCUUGCAAUGACGAGGCCUUAAGUGCCUCUUUUCACUCACAGCCAGCCCGAAAGCUUUCCUCUGGUAGCGCCUUCUCGGGGCCAGGUCUUACGUCCCCUAUAUCUCACUACCAACGAUCGCCGUCGAUCAGUUCUGAAGCUUCUGCGCCAUUGCCGCGACCUUCUUUCAACUUCUCCCGCCCAUUAAGUAGGUCAGGCACACCAGGUUUGGAUUUGCCUUCUCGGCAAGCUUCGUCAGAUAGCCAGCCAUCUUUCAUGCUUGCUGAUGACACAGCCAACACUCCAGUCAGCAUGCACAGCGAGACUUUUCCAGAGAGUGGUCCUCCAGAUGACGGCAGAGGCGCUCCUUCAUACAUAUACUCUAAGUAUUCGUUGCCUAGGGGCAAGUCGCUGCAGCGCAACUCGAUUAUUUUUCGUGAUACUGCUCCAUCGUCUACAUUCGUCUGGGAGCAGCCGGUAGGCCUCUCAAGUAAUGUUCAGACUUUCCCAAUAGGUGGUCAAGCACCGCCAUCGCCGCCCACACGUCCUUCAAGCUCUUCCUCAAAAUCUCAGGAGGGCCAGCAUAUGGCCGAUUCUCUCUUGGCACGGCCAUCUUUGGAACGAAGCAAGCUUUCGAACGAAAUGUCUGCAGAUGCAAGACAGUCUUCCCCAGGCCCAAGUCGCCCAUCGACUGGUGAAAGUAAGCCUUCUGAGGAUGUCCCUAGAGGUCGAGCCCGAACAUCACCCCUUCAUGACCAAGCCCGAGGGCGAACACCGACCUCUUUAUCUACAAGUGACUCUACCAGCACCAUUAGGCCACCGAAAUCGCAACAUUCCCACACGUCCACAGCUACUGAAAUGAGCGCAGAGGAACAUUUAGCCAAGGGGAUCAAGUGCCAUGAGGAGGGCUCUGUGAAAGAAUCUACCUACCACCUGCGACUUGCCGCACGGGCUGGCGAGCCGACAGGAAUGCUGUUAUAUGCGCUAGCUUGUCGGCACGGGUGGGGCAUGCGGCCAAAUCAACGCGAAGGUGUUGAGUGGCUUCGGAAGGCUGCUGAGGUUGUUAGCGCAGAAAUUGCUGAGGAUGAAGAACAUGCCAAAGAAGGCAAAUCUGUUGAUGUUUUGGACCGAAAAACCCGCAAGGCCCAGUUUGCUCUGAGCAUCUAUGAAUUGGGUGUUAGUCACAUGAAUGGUUGGGGGAUCGAGCAGGAUAAGACGCUCGCGUUACGAUGCUUUGAAAUUGCUGGAAGCUGGGGGGAUGUGGAUGCUCUUACCGAGGCUGGCUUCUGUUAUGCUCAAGGCAUCGGUUGCAAAAAAGAUCUCAAGAAGAGCGCCAAGUUUUACCGCAUGGCCGAAGCCAAGGGCAUGAGUAUGCCGGGAAAUAGCUGGAUACAUAAGGCAAAGUAUAGCGACGAUGGUAGUAAUGCCAAAUCGAAGCGUGCCCGAAGCAAAUCGAGGGGUAGGGGCAUUUUCGGCAAGAAAGCAUAA